AUGUCUGCCGCCGAGAACACUGCUACCACCCCCGCCGCUGCCGAUCCCGUUGUACAAAAGGAGGAGGCCAAGCCCGAAGACGACACAACUGCUCCUGCUGUCAACAACGAUAAGAAGGAAGACGAGCAGCCCAAGGAGCAGGACGAUGCCAAGAAAGACGAUGAAAACGUAGCGGCAGCAUCUUCUGAAGAGCCCAAGAAGGACGAACAGAAGGAUGAGCCCUCUUCUUCCGAGGAGCCAAAGAAGGAGGAUGAUGGCGAGGCCAAGGAAGAGUCCAAGGAAGAGGCCAAGGACGAAGAAAAGCCUACAUCUGAAGCCAAGAACAGCAAGCGAUUCACUUUGUUCAAGAAGGGCAAGGGUCUUGGUGGCCUCUUUGGUCGCAGCAAGUCGCCUGAGCCAUCCAAGCAAGCCAAGGCUGAAGAAGAGCCCGAAGCUGCCGCUGAGACAACCACCACCAACGUCGAAUUGCCCAAGAUUGAACAAAUGGAGCCCAUCCAGGCUGAUGCCGUUGUCAAGGACGAAGAAUCCAAGAAAUAUGACGACAAGAAGGAGGAGCAGCCCGCUGCUGCUGCUGCUGAGUCAUCCCAAGCACAAGACACUACUCACAAGGAUCAGGAACAGCAGCAAGAAGAGCAGCCUGCUGCUGCCACUACUGCUGAGGUUACUGAGGAACAAGCAAAGAAGGAGGAAGACAAGAGCAAGGAGGAGACUCCUGCACAUGUGAAACGUCAGUCGUUCAUCCACAAGCUCUUUAGCAACAAAUCCAAGAAGCCCGAACAGAAGCCUGCCCCUGUCAAGGAGGAAGAAUCCAGAGAGGAGCCCGCACAACAAGCCGAGGAGCAGCAGCAGCAGCAACCAGAAGAAGCACCCAAGAAGGACAAUGAAGAAGAGCAGCAGCCCAAGGAAGAAGCCAAGGAAGAGCCCAAGAAGGAUGAAGAGCCUGCUACCGAGGAACAGCCCGCCGCCAAAAAGGAAGAAACUCCUGCUGCUGCCGAAAAGAAGUCCUUAUCGCCUCGUCUGGGCCGUCGCUUGACCGCUCUCUUUGGUGGUGGCAAGAAGAACAAAAAGUCCAAGCCUGCUGACGCUGCUCCUAAGGAACCUGAGACUGUCGAAGUAGUCCUCGAGGAAGAAGAGGAGGAGGAACAGCAGCAACCAAAGAAGGAAGAAGACAACGAUAACAAGAAGGCCGAGGACAAGAAGGAUGACGAUGUCAAGGUCGAAGAAGCCAAGAAGGAGGAUACCGACGAGAAGGCUGCUGCUGCAAAGGCAGAUGAGCAACCUGCUGCUGUUGUCGCUUCGGCAUAA